AUGCUGGAGAUCCUGCUGGGGAUGCAGCUGGAUCAACAAGACUUUCUGGGCUGGAAAGGGGACAAGCAGAUGCCAAGCUGGGACUACCUGCUCUCUGUUUUGAAGACGCUUUCCCGCAGAAAGCAAGUCCAAGCCAGCUCAGAGAGCUCCAGCCUUCGCCGCUGCCUCUCCACUGUGGACCUCAUCGCCUUGGGAGUGGGCAGCACGCUGGGGGCUGGUGUCUACAUCCUGGCAGGGGAGGUGGCUAAGACCAGCUCUGGUCCGAGCAUCAUCCUUUCUUUCCUGAUUGCAGCCAUGGUGUCUGCUUUGGCAGGGCUGUGCUAUGCUGAAUUGGGGGCCCGUGUCCCCCUGGCUGGGUCUGUCUAUCUCUACAGCUAUGUGACAGUGGGCGAGCUGUGGGCCUUCAUUGCUGGGUGGAAUCUGCUGCUGUCCUAUGUCAUCGGUACCGCCAGCGUCGCCCGGGCAUGGAGCGCUACCUUUGAUCAGCUCCUCGGCAAGAAGAUGGGGAGGUUUUUGGGGGCUCACGCGGCAAUGAGCUCUGUGGGGCUGGCAGAGCACCCAGAUGCCUUUGCCGCUGGCCUGGUGGUCCUGCUGGCAGGUCUUCUGUCCUUUGGAGUGAAAGAGUCCACCACAGUCAACAAAGCCUUCACAGCUCUCAAUGUGCUUGUCCUGCUCUUCGUCACAGUGGGCGGCUUCAUCAAAGGCGACCUAAAAAAUUGGAAGCUCAGGGAGGAUGAUCUGCCAUGGGCAGCUGCCCAUGAAGCUGGGAACCAGUCUGUGGUCGACAACGUGACCAGUGCCUUUGGGGUGGGAGGCUUCAUGCCCUAUGGUUUCACUGGGACCUUGGCUGGAGCCUCUACCUGUUUCUAUGCCUUUGUUGGGUUUGACUGCAUUGCCACCACGGGGGAAGAAGUGAGGGACCCGCAGAGAUCCAUCCCCACAGGCAUCAUUCUCUCUCUCCUCAUCUGCUUCCUGGCUUACUUCGGGGUAUCUGCUGCCCUCACCCUGAUGAUGCCCUACCACCUCCUGGACACCAUGAGCCCCCUCCCAGCAGCUUUUGAAUAUGUUGGCUGGAGCAGUGCAAAGCACGCUGUGGCUGUGGGGUCACUGUGUGCCCUGACAACCAGCCUCCUGGGUUCCAUGUUCCCCAUGCCACGGAUCCUGUAUGCUAUGGCUCGAGAUGGGCUCCUCUUCAAACCUCUGGCUAAAGUUAGUCGCCGUCAGUGCCCGGUGGUGGCCACGCUGGUGUCUGGAAUAGUGGCAGCUCUCCUUGCUCUCCUCUUUGACCUGAAAGCCCUGGUUGACAUGAUGUCCAUUGGCACACUGCUGGCCUACUCGCUGGUGGCUGGCUGUGUGCUGCUGCUCAGGUAUCGGCCUGAACCCAGUGCUCAGGACACUCCUGUGGGAAAGGUCCCAGCAACGCGGCUCUGGUGGGACCAUCUCAUCCAUCCACCCCUGCGUCCCACCCUGUGUUCCUCCACCACAGUGGUCUGGGCUCUGACAGCCACAGCCACCCUGGUCUGUGUUGUGAGCUGGGUGACCUCCACCGGGCUGCCCUGCCUCCAGGCUGGGGGUGCCUGGUGCAUCUCGGGACUGGCUCUGCCUCUCCUGGGGAUCCUGGUGGCAGCUCUGCUCAUCUGGAGGCAGCCUCAGAGCCGGGAGAGAGCAUCCUUCAUGGUUCCCUGCCUGCCCUUCCUGCCCCUCCUCAGCAUCACCAUCAACAGCCUCCUGAUGGCCCGGCUCAGCGCGGCCGCCUGGCUGCGGUACCUGCUCUGGAUGGCCAUGGGUUUCCUCAUUUAUUUUGGCUAUGGGAUCUGGCACAGUGCUGAGAGCCACCCACCUGAAGAGUCAACCACCCGGGAGCUGCAGGGGAGGAUGGCCAGGGAGGUGGUCCUGGAGCCCUGCAGGACUAGGCAGUGCCCAUCUGCUCCAGGGCAAUAA